AUGCCUUUUUAUCCCAUGACCAUUCCAUCCGUGUCUCCGAUUUUGGGAAGUCAAGAGGACUCUGAAAGAUUUGUGGACACUGAUGUAUCCCUUAAUCAAAGGUAUUUUAAUAGCCAUAUUUGACAAUUCAUGAAUUCAAAGGGUUGCAUUACUAGUGACACAAUCAUGAUAGCAACAGUGCUUUGUCAUGUCAUGAGGAAAAAGUGGGGGGGGGGGUGGGGGCUGAAAUAAAAAUAAAUGCCAGAAAAGCACUAGUUGAUAAAGUAAGAGCAAUAAUUAAGGUAAGGGAAAAAAGUGGGGGAAGGGGCAAUGGCCUUCCUCUUGCCCCUCUGCUCAACAGUACCUGGUAUAGGUUUUAUUCCAAAACCCACAGAAAUCAGUUUCUCACAUGUACUGCAUGUAUAUACUUAUAGUAAAACUUAUUUUUAUUAAAUACAGCUCAUCUAUUGACCUGUGUAAAGGCAAUACAUUUAUGUUUACCGAUGACGAGGGAGAAAUUACUGAUGACAACAGUUCAUAGGAAGAUAUCAGGUAUGUUUUAGUUCAAUGCCCUCAGAAGUUACAUUUAUUAUGGUAUAAUUAAGGUAACAUAUGAUGUUUGUUUGGGAUGUUACUCUGAUUGUAUAUCCACACUGGGCAAGCCUGAAAAAUAUGCCUGUGUGUGGUUUGAUUUCCACAGUGGAAAUCAAACCUACAACCUGUGGAAUACUAGCCCAAUGCUCUGCCAACUGAUCUAUGUGGUCAGGUUGGUUCGGGUAUGUCAUAUUUUGAGACUCAAUUCCGAGUAACAUCACAAACUUUAUAUGCACCUGAGUACAUAACACCAACACAGCAAAAAUUAACGUAACAUAUAUUUUUACAGCUUACAUGACCUUACAAAGUCAAUUCUGGAAGAAUUGAAUGCUGAACAAGAGGACAUGACAAGACAAAGUGACUCUGAGUAAGUUGUUAUAUAUGUUUAAUUUAAUCUCCAUUCAAGGAAUGCUAUGUAGUAAUAGAGUAUCUGUCAUAAUCAGUGGUUUUAACUCUAAAGAUAUGUUUCUGUAUAAAUUACUGCACCACAACAAUAAUUUUUGCAGUGUUAAAUCUAAAAUAUAUUUUAUUAAUAGUGUCAUGAAUGAAAUUAGUGAUGAUGAAAGUGUUGGGCUAGAGGAUGACAUUUUUGAAAUGGUAACUGAAGAAGAUGCAGAACACGUGACAGAUGGCGUGAACCUGCAACAACAGUCACAUUCCACCACUGAGUGUACUGGCACCUUUGGACCGCAUUGCAGAUUCACCAGAGGGGAUGAGGUGUAUUCGAUGAAGAAGGAAUACAAAAUGGUAAAAGAAAAAAAAUUUGUAUGCUCCCUUGAUUUACUGCUUCAGAUCUUUCAGUCGCGAUGUCAGACACCUGGAUGCACAGCUGAAAGUCAAAUCCAGUAUCACUUCAUUGGUGUUACCGUGGUUAUCAACAGUGUUUGUUCAUAG